AUUGCCAAGGGAUCAUCGAGGACGUCGUCCUGCUAGGUGCCCCAGUGGAAGGGGAUGCCAAGCGCUGGGAGCCUUUCCGGAAGGUGGUGUCCGGGAGGAUCAUCAAUGGCUACAGCAGGGGAGACUGGCUGCUGAGCUUUGUGUACCGCACGUCCUCAGUGCAGCUGCGUGUGGCCGGCCUGCAGCCCGUGCAGCUGGAGGACCGGAGGGUGGAGAACGUGGACCUGUCCUCGGUGGUCAGCGGCCACUUAGACUAUGCCAAGCAGAUGGACGUCAUCCUGAAGGCUGUGGGCAUCUGUACCAAGCCAGGCUGGGAUGAGAAGGGCCUCUUGCUGGCCCCAGGUAGCCUGCCCCAAGAGGAACCUCGCCAGGGGGCCGCCACCUCCUCUUCAUCUGGUGAGACCGGCCAUCAGGGAGAACAAGCCCAGGGUCUCACACCCAGUGACACCCCUAAAGCUGCCACACUAUUGGACCACUCUGAAGGGGCCUCCUGUCCUGCUGCCAUUACUGAGAGCUCCCAUGUCUGCAGCCACGGUGUGAGCCACAACCCACUGGGGUGCCCCGACUGUGCCAGCCAGACCCCAGAAUCCUGCCCAGGGCUGGACUGA